AUGGGCUGCACGGUGAGCUUGGUGUGCUGCGAGGCGCUGGAGCCCGGGCCCCCCUGCGGCCCCCAGCCCCCGGGGAGCCCCCCGGCCCCCGCGCCGUGGGAGUACCGAGAGCCCCGGGGCUCAGUCCGAGCCCAGAACAGGCGGCUGCUGCUUCAGCCAGAGGACCUGGAGGCCCCCAAGACUCACCACUUCAAGGUGAAGACCUUCAGGAAGGUGAAGCCCUGUGGGAUCUGCCGACAGGUUAUCACCCGGGAGGGCUGCACCUGCAAAGUCUGCAGCUUCUCCUGUCAUCGGAAAUGCCAGGCCAAGGUGGCUGCCCCCUGCAUUCCUCCAUCCAGCCAUGAACUGGUGCCCGUCAACACUGAGACUGCUCUGAAGAAUGUAGUGGACACGGGAGAAGGAACCUUUCGGGGUGGGAACACACGGAAAAACCUUGAGGAAGAUAGUUCCACCAGAGUUACACCAAGUGUCCAGCCUCAUCCCCAGCCCAUCAGAAACAUGAGUACGAGCCGGACCACGGAGGACAGCUGUGAGCUGGACCUGGUGUACGUCACCGAGAGGAUCAUCGCCGUCUCCUUCCCCAGCACAGCCAAUGAGGAGAACUUCCGGAGCAACCUCCGCGAGGUGGCCCAGAUGCUCAAGUCCAAACAUGGAGGCAACUACCUGCUUUUCAACCUCUCUGAGCGAAGACCUGACAUCACGAAGCUCCAUGCCAAGGUCCUGGAAUUUGGCUGGCCCGACCUGCACACCCCGGCCCUGGAGAAGAUCUGCAGUGUCUGCAAGGCCAUGGACACCUGGCUCAAUGCAGACCCCCACAAUGUGGUCGUCCUACACAACAAGGGAAAUCGAGGCAGGAUCGGCGUUGUGAUCGCGGCUUACAUGCACUACAGCAACAUUUCUGCCAGUGCCGACCAGGCCCUGGACCGGUUUGCAAUGAAACGGUUCUAUGAGGAUAAGAUUGUACCCAUUGGCCAACCAUCCCAGAAGAGGUACGUGCACUAUUUCAGCGGCCUGCUCUCUGGCUCCAUCAAAAUGAACAACAAGCCCUUGUUUCUGCACCACGUGAUCAUGCAUGGCAUCCCCAACUUCGAGUCUAAAGGAGGGUGUCGACCAUUUCUCCGGAUCUACCAGGCCAUGCAGCCUGUCUACACAUCUGGCAUCUACAACGUCCAAGGAGACAGCCAGACCAGCAUCUGCAUCACCAUUGAGCCUGGGCUGCUCUUGAAGGGAGACAUCUUGCUGAAGUGUUACCACAAGAAGUUCCGGAGCCCAGCGCGAGACGUCAUCUUCCGCGUGCAGUUCCAUACCUGUGCCAUCCAUGACCUGGGAGUUGUCUUUGGGAAGGAGGACCUUGAUGAUGCCUUCAAAGAUGAUCGAUUUCCAGAAUACGGCAAAGUUGAAUUUGUAUUUUCCUAUGGACCAGAGAAAAUUCAAGGCAUGGAACACCUGGAGAAUGGGCCGAGUGUGUCCGUGGACUAUAACACCUCCGACCCCCUCAUCCGCUGGGAUUCCUAUGACAACUUCAAUGGUCAUCGAGAUGAUGGCAUGGAGGAGGUUGUGGGCCAUACCCAGGGACCCCUGGACGGGAGCCUGUAUGCCAAGGUGAAGAAGAAGGACUCCUUGCACGGCAGCACCGGGGCUGUCAACGCCACGCGGCCCGUGCUGUCGGCCACCCCCAAUCACGUGGAGCACACACUCUCCGUGAGCAGCGACUCGGGCAACUCCACAGCCUCCACCAAGACAGACAAGACCGAUGAGCCUGCCCCCGGCCCCGCCAGUGCCCCUGCUGCCCUGAGUCCCGAGGAGAAACGCGAGCUGGACCGCCUGCUCAGUGGCUUCGGCUUGGAGCGGGAGAAGCAAGGCGCCAUGUACCACCCUCAGCAUCUCCGUUCCCGCCCAGUGGGAGGCCCUGCCGCGCCUUCCUCUGGCCGCCACAUCGUCCCGGCCCAGGUUCACGUCAAUGGCGGAGCCUUAGCCUCCGAGCGGGAGACGGACAUCCUGGACGAUGAGCUGCCCAACCAGGAUGGGCACAGUGUGGGCAGCAUGGGCACCCUGUCCUCCCUGGAUGGGGUCACCAACACCAGUGAGGGUGGCUACCCAGAGGCCCUCUCCCCACUGACCAACGGUCUGGACAAGCCCUACCCCAUGGAACCUAUGGUCAACGGCGGGGGCUACCCCUAUGAGUCUGCCAGCCGUGUGGUGCCUGCCCAGGCUGGCCACACAGCCCCCAUGAGACCCUCCUACUCCGCACAGGAGGGUUUAGCUGGCUACCAGCGGGAGGGACCCCACCCAGCCUGGCCACAGUCAGCAACCACCUCCCACUAUGGCCAUGACCCCAAUGGUAUAUUUCGCUCUCAGUCCUUUCCCGAAACGGAGCCCCAGCUGCCCCCAGCUCCAGCCCGUGGUGGGAGCAGCCGGGAGGCUGUGCAGAGGGGCCUGAAUUCCUGGCAGCAGCAGCAGCAGCAGCAGCAGCAGCAGCCUCGCCCACCUCCUCGCCAGCAGGAAAGAGCCCACUUGGAGAGCCUCGGGCUCAGCAGGCCCAGCCCCCAGCCACUGGCAGAGCCCCCUGUGUCUGGCCUCCCUGAGUUCCCGCGUGCGGCCUCCCGGCAGGAGAUCGAGCAGUCCAUCGAGGCCCUCAACAUGCUGAUGCUCGAUCUGGAGCCAGCCACGGCGGGCGCCCCCCUACACAAGUCCCAGAGUGUGCCUGGGGCCUGGCCGGGGGCUUCUCCGCUCUCCUCCCAGCCCUUCUCUGGCUCCUCCUGCCAGUCCCACCCACUGACCCAGUCCAGAUCUGGCUACAUCCCCAGUGGGCAUUCCUUGGGAACCCCUGAGCCAGCCCCCCGGGCCUCCCUGGAGUCCGUUCCCACUGGCAGGCCUUACUCACCUUAUGAUUAUCAGCCAUGUUCCACUGGGCCCAACCAAAGUUACCGUCCAAAGAGCCCGGCCACCUCCUCCUCGCCUGCCUUCCUUCCAACCACCCAGAGCUCUCUGGGGCCUCAGCAGCCCCCAGCCUCUCUACCUGGCCUCACCACUCAGCCUCAGCUCCCACCAAAGGAGGUGACUUCAGACCCAUCCCGAACUCCAGAGGAGGAACCACUGAACUUGGAGGGGCUGGUGGCCCACCGGGUGGCAGGGGUGCAGGCUCGGGAGAAGCAGCCUGCAGAGCCCCCAGCACCUCUCCGGAAGCGGGCUGCCAGCGAUGGGCAGUACGAGAACCAGUCACCAGAACCCACAUCCCCCCGUAGCCCCGGGGUUCGCUCGCCUGUCCAAUGUGUCUCCCCAGAGCUGGCUCUUACUAUCGCUCUCAAUCCUGGAGGGCGGCCCAAAGAGCCCCAUCUGCACAGCUACAAGGAGGCCUUCGAGGAGAUGGAGGGAACCUCUCCGACCAGCCCACCACCCAGUGGGGUGCGUUCCCCUCCAGGUCUGGCCAAGACACCCUUGUCUGCUCUGGGCCUAAAGCCCCACAACCCAGCCGACAUCCUGCUGCACCCCACCGGCGUCCCCAGAAGACUGAUCCAGCCAGAGGAGGAUGAGAGGAAGGUGCUGACAGAGCUUUCUGAAGAGCCCCGGAGCUACGUGGAGUCGGUGGUACGAACGGCGGUGGCUGGGCCCAGGACUCAGGAACCUGAGCCCAAGAGCUUUAGCGCCCCAGUUGCGCAGGCCUAUGGCCACGAGACACCCCUGAGGAAUGGGACCCUGGGAGGCUCCUUUGUCUCCCCCAGCCCCCUCUCCACCAGCAGCCCCAUCCUCAGCGCUGACAGCACUUCCGUGGGGAGCUUCCCAUCCGGGGAGAGCAGCGACCAGGGCGCGCGGACACCCACCCAGCCUCUGCUGGAUUCUGGCUUCCGCUCCGGCAGCUUGGGCCAGCCGAGCCCUUCGGCUCAGAGGAGCUACCAGAGCUCUCCUCCUCUGCCGACUGCAGGCAGCAGCUACAGCAGCCCCGACUACUCACUGCAGCAGUUCGGCUGCCCGGAGGCCCAGGCCCGGUCUCAGUUCAGUGUGGCCGGCGUCCACACGGUGCCUGGGAGCCCCCAGGCACGGCACAGGACAGUGGGCACCAACACGCCCCCCAGCCCUGGCUUUGGCCGCCGGGCCGUGAACCCCAGCCUGGCUGCCCCCAGCAGUCCCAGUUUGAGCCACCGCCAGGUGAUGGGUCCGCUGGGAACCGGUUUCCAUGGUAACACCAUCUCCAGCCCCCAGAGCAGUGCAGCGACCACUCCGGGAAGCCCCAGUCUGGGUCGCCACCCUGGGGCCCACCAGGUUUCCAACCUCCACGGCAAUGUGGCCACCACUCCCGGGAGCCCCAGCCUGGGCCGGCACCCCGGGGCCCACCAAGGCACCCUGGCCUCCAAUCUCCAUGGCAACUCAGUAGCCAGCCCCGGAAGCCCCAGCCUGGGCCGUCACUUGGGAGGGUCUGGAUCUGUGGUUCCCGGCAGCCCCAGCUUGGACCGGCACGUACCCUACGGUGGCUACUCCACCCCUGAGGACCGGAGACCCACGCUGUCACGGCAGAGCAGCGCCUCGGGCUACCAGGCUCCUUCCACGCCCUCCUUCCCUGUGUCCCCCGCCUACUACCCCGGCCUGAGCAGCCCCGCCACCUCCCCCUCGCCGGAUUCGGCGGCUUUCCGACAAGGGAGCCCCACCCCGGCCUUGCCGGAGAAGCGGAGGAUGUCCAUGGGCGACCGAGCGGGCAGCCUCCCCAACUACGCCACCGUCAACGGGAAGGUGUCCUCCUCGCCAGUCGCCAGCGGCAUGUCCAGUCCCAGCGGGGGCAGCACCGUCUCCUUCUCCCACACUCUGCCCGACUUCUCCAAGUACUCCAUGCCAGACAACAGUCCUGAGACGCGGGCUAAAGUGAAGUUUGUCCAAGACACUUCCAAGUAUUGGUACAAGCCUGAGAUCUCCAGAGAACAGGCUAUCGCCCUCCUUAAGGACCAGGAGCCAGGGGCUUUCAUCAUCCGUGACAGCCACUCCUUCCGGGGAGCCUAUGGGCUGGCUAUGAAGGUGUCUUCACCCCCUCCGACCAUUAUGCAGCAGAAUAAAAAAGGGGACAUGACCCACGAGCUCGUGAGGCAUUUCCUGAUAGAGACCGGCCCCAGAGGAGUCAAGCUCAAGGGCUGCCCCAACGAGCCAAACUUCGGAUCUCUGUCUGCCCUGGUCUACCAGCACUCCAUCAUCCCGCUGGCCCUGCCCUGCAAGCUGGUCAUUCCAAACCGAGACCCCACAGAUGAAUCAAAAGAUAGCUCGGGCCCUGCCAACUCAACCAGUGACCUGCUGAAGCAAGGGGCAGCCUGCAACGUGCUCUUCGUCAACUCGGUGGACAUGGAGUCACUUACUGGGCCACAGGCCAUCUCCAAAGCCACUUCCGAGACCCUGGCUGCUGACCCCACACCAGCUGCCACCGUCGUUCACUUCAAAGUUUCUGCCCAGGGAAUUACGCUGACUGACAACCAGAGAAAGCUCUUCUUCAGGCGACACUACCCUCUCAACACCGUGACCUUCUGUGACCUGGAUCCACAGGAGAGGAAGUGGACGAAGACGGAGGGAGGUGCCCCUGCUAAGCUCUUCGGUUUCGUGGCCCGGAAGCAGGGCAGCACCACGGACAACGCCUGCCACCUCUUUGCUGAGCUUGACCCCAACCAGCCGGCCUCCGCCAUCGUCAACUUUGUCUCCAAGGUCAUGCUGAGUGCCGGCCAGAAGAGAUGA